UCGAGCGAAACGGAGCGACCCCGUUCGGGCCCGUUUUAGGAAAAACCAAAAAACUCUGCUACCAGGGGGGUCGACCGCUCCCGGUUCGCCGAAACGCAGACCAAGCAGCGCCGGUCAGUAGAGCUGAGCGUGUAGUGACACCAUUGUUUGCUGGGUGGGAUCGGGCGCGCGGAGCCGCUAGCCGUGGCGCUAGUGAGCGGAGGGGGAGCGCGCGGGUGGAGGAACAGCCAGCAGGCCGCUGUGCUCUUCGGCCGGGGGGGAUGUGAUCCGGCCGGACGGCGCGGUGUCCCUCGCCUCGUCCUGCGGAUCUCUGUUUUCGCGCACAACUCGCACAAUGGGGCAGCAGGUAGGCCGCGUGGGGGACGGCGCCUCUCCGGGGCUCCAGAGCCCACCGCAGCCGCAGCCGCAGCCCCAGCCCCACUCACAGCAACAGCAGCAGCACCAAGGCAGAGCGGCCCGGACCAGCGGCUCCGGGAGGAGAACCAGGGAAGUUACCAGCGCAGGAGCACCAGCGUGCAGGCUGCCCGCUACCGCUAACAUGCCAGACCCGGGGGUGAACGUGUUCACUCAGCAUUCAGAAGCCCUGCACAGGCCGUUUGGGCUGGACUCGGCUGCGCUGACUGAGGCGGUACGUUGGAGCUCUAAGGAGAACCUGCUGGGUGCUGCGGAGAGUGACCCCAACCUCUUUGUCGCACUUUACGACUUUGUCGCUAGUGGCGACAACACAUUAAGCAUAACAAAAGGUGAAAAGCUGCGGGUGCUAGGCUACAAUCAGAAUGGGGAGUGGAGUGAAGUUCGCUCUAAGAACGGUCAGGGCUGGGUCCCCAGUAACUACAUCACUCCAGUGAACAGUCUAGAGAAACACAGCUGGUACCAUGGGCCCGUAUCCCGCAGCGCUGCAGAGUACCUGCUCAGCAGCCUCAUCAACGGCAGCUUCCUGGUUCGAGAGAGUGAGAGCAGCCCCGGGCAGCUGUCCAUUUCACUGCGCUAUGAGGGCCGCGUCUACCACUACCGCAUCAACACAGCCUCCGACGGCAAGGUAUAUGUAACAUCAGAAAGUAGGUUUAGCACAUUAGCCGAGCUAGUCCAUCAUCAUUCCACUGUAGCAGACGGCCUGGUGACCACACUCCACUACCCUGCUCCAAAAUGCAACAAGCCCACAGUUUAUGGAGUCUCUCCCAUCCAUGACAAAUGGGAGAUGGAACGUACAGACAUCACCAUGAAGCACAAGCUAGGAGGAGGCCAGUAUGGCGAGGUCUAUGUGGGUGUCUGGAAGAAAUACAACCUCACUGUCGCUGUUAAAACACUCAAGGAGGACACUAUGGAAGUGGAGGAGUUUCUAAAAGAGGCUGCUGUCAUGAAGGAGGUGAAACACCCCAAUCUGGUGCAGCUGCUAGGUGUCUGUACUCUGGAGCCUCCAUUCUACAUAGUGACUGAGUACAUGCUUCACGGCAACCUGCUGGACUACUUGCGCGAGUGUGAUCGAGAGGAGGUGAAUGCUGUAGUGCUGCUCUACAUGGCCACUCAGAUUUCCUCUGCCAUGGAGUACCUGGAGAAAAAGAACUUCAUCCAUAGGGAUCUGGCAGCACGGAACUGUCUGGUAGGAGAGAAUCAUGUGGUUAAGGUGGCUGAUUUCGGCCUGAGUCGCUUGAUGACGGGAGACAUAUACAAAGCCCAUGCUGGAGCCAAGUUCCCAAUCAAGUGGACUGCGCCAGAGAGCCUGGCUUACAAUACCUUCUCCAUCAAAUCAGAUGUCUGGGCAUUUGGAGUGCUGCUAUGGGAGAUUGCGACCUACGGUAUGUCUCCCUACCCUGGUAUUGACCUGUCUCAGGUAUAUGACCUGCUGGAGAAGGGCUAUCGCAUGGAACAGCCAGAAGGGUGUCCCCCUAAAGUCUACGAGCUUAUGCGGGCAUGUUGGCAGUGGAGCCCACUGGACAGGCCGUCAUUUGCAGAAAUCCACCAGGCCUUUGAGACCAUGUUCCAUGACUCAAGCAUAUCAGAAGAAGUGGCAGAGGAGCUGUGUAAGACUGCCUCUUCUGGUAAGGGUGGGGCAGUGCAUGCAUUCGGCCAUGACCAGCCCCUCCUGCCCUGUAAGUCACGUCCACAGAAGAAGCACUCGGACAAUAAGGAGAACAUGGAGGGGCUGGAGGGCCAGCAGGAGCCUGGAGCCCACGGCCCUGCAGGCCUUGCUGCAUCCCUGCUGGCAGGUGAUAGUCGUUCUGGCAGCUCUCCUGCUCUGCCUCGCAAACAGCGAGACAAAUCUCCUUCCAGCCUGCUUGAUGACCCACUGGAUGCCAGCUUUACUCGCGACCGCAAAGCCGGAUUCUUCAGCUCCUUCAUGAAGAAGAAGUCCAUGUCGUCAUCCUCAUCCUCUUCCUCAUUUCAGCCUCAGCACAAUCCUCCCAUGCCCCCAGAGAGGAGCAACUCCUUCCGUGACAUGGAAACACAGCCACACAAAAAGUAUGAUCCUGCAGCCGGCUUCGGUGCUCCUUCACUUCCCCAGACGGAUGGUGUGGGCUUCUCUCCGUCUCACGGAGAAGUCAACCAUGUCCAGUCACGCUGUUGCGGUGCCACAUUUGGACAGAAACCCUUGGGGUCAAACUCCUCUGGAGGCACCUCUUCGCAGGUGGGCAGCAGCAGUAGCUGGGCAGGCCUAGCAGGCUUCUUUACCCCCCGCCUUAUUAAAAAGACCCUGGGUUUACGAACUGGGAAACCCUCUGGAACUGAUGAUUCUGGGGGGCAAGCUAAGCCUUUCCCUCGGUCUAACUCUACUUCAUCCAUGUCUGCUGGCCUGCCAGAUUUGGAGCGUAUGGCUCUAACAUUACCCAGGAACCGUAGCAAACCAACAUUGGAGCGUACGGCCUCCACUGCUUCACAACCGGAGAAUGGUGCCACCCGACCUCCGGACGCUCUGCUGAAAAAGCUGGACGAAGGCACGGCACAGAUCCGGGACAGGCCUAAAGCCAAGCUCCUACCUCGUGGUGCUUCGGGAGGAAUUAGGGCACCAGGGGUAGGGGGUGAAGCAGAGUCAGAUGCCUGUCGGGGUAGAGAUGGGCAGGACGACAGACUAGGCUGGCCUUCCCCAUCAAAAACCUCCACAACAGGAUCCACAAUGGGUCCACAUAACCACAAAGUCCCAGUUCUGAUUUCACCGACCUUAAAGCACAGCCCAGCUGAUGUGCACUUGGUUGGAGUGGACUCUCAGGGCAACCGCUUCAAGCUGCUGGCUGAUGGCAGCAGUGACCGGCCACGACUUGUCAAGCCCAAGUGCGCCCCGCCUCCUCCGCCCACACUUCUACGUUCCCUCCAACACGCCUACAGUGCAGAUGGAGCUGAAGAAGUCUCUAGUGGUCUGGAGAUGAAUGGAGAUGGCAUCAAAAGGCCAGGGAGAGGAGGAGCACGACCGUGCAUUCCACCACCGCAAGUGCCUCCAGUGCUCUCUGGCUCCUCUGGUAGCACAUCCACAACUGCCCCAACCAAGAUGGCGAACGGUGCCUCUGGUGGCUCAGCCCAUGCCUCCUCAAAACUGACGCUGAGACGGACUCGGCAGCAGGCAGAACGUGUGCCCCUGGAGAAGAUCAGCAAGGAAACUCUCUUGGAGUGUGCAGAGUGCCUGAGCAAUGCUCUCCACAGCAGCACUGAACCCUCCUCCAGCAGCCAGGUCCUAGAUGCUGGCCACCAGUUGCUCGACUAUUGCUCGGGCUAUGUAGACUGCAUCCCGCAGACACGUAACAAGUUUGCGUUCCGCGAGGCCGUGGGCAAGCUGGAACUGAGUCUUCAGGAAUUGCGGGCUUCUUCUACUGGUGGGGGAGGGGGUGUGGGCGCCCUGGACAACUUGCACACUUGUAUAAAAGAGAUCAGUGAUGUGGUGCAGAGGUAGCUGGUGGGUCCACAUAUCUCCCCCCUCAACCUGCCCCUCAAGACUUUCAAGGUGUUUUUUUUUUUUUUGUUUGUUUUUUUUAACAGUUUUUUUUUUAUGUAUUGUUUUACAAGAUUGGUGACGGAGAAUAUUCUCUAAGUACCUCAGUAAAAUCACUACAAAUAGUCUCUCUCCCUCUCAUUGUUUACAGUUGAGUUUCUCUUUGAAAUCGCCAGUUGGGAACAGAGUUUUACACUUCUAUAUAAGCUUAUUAUCCAAAAAUGCAAUACUGCAGGGGUGUCCAAUGUCCAGUUUUUAUCCAAAGGGCUGAUGUGGCUGCAUGUUUUCAGUCCAACAAAUCAGAAGCACACACGAUCAGUGUGACUGAGACAAACUGAUUUAACGAAUAGCAUCAUUUGUGGUCCAACUUGUUUGAAAUGAAAAUCUGCAGCUAUGCUGGUUCUUUGUGGAAAAGAUUGGACCACCCCUGCUUUAUGGUGACAGUUCCUUUUACAGGUUUAUCUACUUACUUUGCAACAACUUUGAAAGAGUAGAGACUAAUUAUUACCCAUUCUCUGGUUUAUUUCACAUAUUUAUAUAAUGACAUUAGAAAGAUUUCUGACUAUCGUGACUCGCACUAAAUGUUUUACUCACAAUACAAUAACUGGAUAUUGUCUGUGUCUCAAUAUGCAACAGAUACACUCGGUAGAAGUAGAUCAGGCAUGGACUGUUUGGGCUCAGUGUACACCAUUCAGUUUUUAAACUUAGCAGUACUGAGCCUUCAACAUGAAUGCGUGUAUCAUGCAGUCAGUGUCAUGGUUUAUUUCAAAUGUUCAUCUUUUUAUGAACAUUUCAGCAUUUAAUGAAAAGUGGUGGUUGUAUGCCAGGGAGCAAAGGGCAUAGUGCCAUUUACCCAGUCGGAAAGGAAUAUGUUCAAUAUGUAUUGUGCAUUAAAUUCUGAAAGUACUGAAAAGGCCUGGAGUUAGAAUGGCAUAGAGUGUCAUGGCCCGUAUUAUUUAAGCGACCUUUAAAGAUUACUGGAGUUUUCUGUCCAUUGUGGUCUUUCGGGGGAGAUUUCACUUGUCCACAGAAUCAGAAUCAUUCUAAUGUUGGAACACUGACCAAACAUUAUUCAAUAAACACAACUUUGUAAAGUUGUUGUUUUCAGUACAGAAUGUUGGGAGGGGGGGGCAUAAGCCAAACAAACUGUGAAUAGGGAGAAUCAAGUAGGCAUAUUAGCUAAUAAUGGUAGAUCAUUCAUUUCAGUAACUAUAUUAAUUGUGUAUCGGUUUACAUGUGCAAAACUGGGAUACGUAGAGCCUGUAUGGUUACACAUUCAUUGGUUUUGGAGCAACGGGUGUGCUUGUGUCUAGGUGUAGAAUGACUUGUGCGUUGAAAAGGAUCAUUUCAGAUCAGUUAUCAAUCGUUGUCCAUAUUUAUGCUUAAAUCUAAAAUUUUAAAUAUUUACCAUAUUAUCAAUGGUAUUCCUGUAUGCAUGGGAAUAUUGAUUAUUGGCUUCAACCUUUGGCACCUCCACAAUUGGGUUUACCAGUGUUUGUUGAAGAAUGUUAGGUCAGUGAAGCCUGGGAUUAUUUUUAUAAACAGAUUUGUGUUUGUCCAGAUGGAACACAGGCACAAGCUUGGACACUGUGUAUUCCCACUGUGACUGGACACUCACUGCAGAAGAACACAAAAAAAGCAACAUUACUGCAAUAUUGCUAGAUUUAAGUAACACCGCAAACUGCCAUUUCUAUAGCACAUUGAUUUCUACAGUUUUGUUUUUUAACUUUAGAAUGUUUUCAUGUGUAAACUUGAAUUUUAAAUUAUUUUUUAUUAAAAGCACAGGAUUUAUGUUGUAGAUAUAAUUGUGCAUUUAUUUCCUUCUCCACAAAAAGCAUUCAAGGUCAUGCUUGUUUAGAUAUUGUAAAGUCCUCCAGUGGUUGCGUGAGCAGAAGGAUAUUGUUUCUGACAGGAAGUGUUGCGAUUAAAAACAAAGGUCCCCAUCUGAGCAUUUACAACAUGAAUGUAUCCAUCUGACAAAGACAAGAAUGUUGUUAUUUUGUACGCCUCGGUCUGGUCCCGAAAUACUGAGACGCUAUCGUUUAAAGUAAGCAACUGAAUUAGUUUCACCCUUUUAAAAGAUAUAUAAUCCAUAUAAUUUAAAGGAAGAUUAUAAAUGGUCUACAAAACAGGGUGCAAUUUCUUUUCUCUCUCUCUCUCGUUCUCAUUGUCUGUGUCUUGAACAUAUAAGAAAGAAAGUUUAUCCGAAGCCUUGCAAUAUCGUUAACAUGAUUUUGUACUUUUUACACUGGAUGUCAUUUUAAAGCAUAGAUGUUGAUGGCCUUGCCUCAAAUCAUCUAUGACAUGUAAUAUGGAAAUGUGUUACUGUGUCUUAUUCAUCUCUGAAUUGCAGUCCCUCUUUAGCAGAACAAAACAUGUAUAACAUACAUUUUAGGGAGCAGUUUGGGAUUUUAUCAGUUUAAAAAAUUCCAAUUCAUGCUUGGUUUGACCAUUUUCUCUGCCAUAGUCGUUUUUCCCAGAUUUCAUUGUGCCUUUUGUAAGAGAUUUCAUGGUUAUAAAUACAGAAAUGUUCAAAUAUAUUAUGUAGAUGGCAAUGAGGAGUGGUUAUUCUUUUCAAAUCUAAAGUAACAAUAGAGUCAUCAGGGGUCAUAGUGUCCAACUUGAGAAGGUUGUGCAAUGUUUUGUCCUGUAUAUGAGAGAAAGUCUGAGCUUUUAAGCCUGUUAUUUUGCUGAUGGGGCUGAUUUUCAUUGGUUAGCUUUUGUUGGAAUUACCUCAUUCUGAUGGAUUUCCAUCACGAGCAGAAAUAUUGCUUCUCUUCCAAAAAAAAAAACUGAAAUAUCUAAACUAUAAACAGAGGUCCAGAUUAUUCAGUCAGCAAGAGGUCUAU